AGCUAUCAGAAACCGCCAGAUCAAGUUAAAAAAAUAAAUAUACAUUUUAAUUAGCUAAUUUACAGCAUAAGGGUAAUAUAUUUAUUAGUUAAAUAUUUAUUUAAUAGACUUUGUGAUCAACAAACCAGUAGUAUAUGGUGCUAGGUUACACUAGUUAAGUUAGCUAACAAGAUAAAUCAGUUGCUGCUGAGGUAAAUUCUAGCUAAGCUAACAAUCUAGUUGACAUGUUUUACUACCCUAACGUUCUUCAGCGCCACACUGGCUGUUUCUCUACAAUCUGGUUGGCAGCCACUAAAGGUAUCAAGAUAACAAGAAGAGAGUUCCUCAAGGUCAACAUUGGAAGAACAUGUGAGGACAUAAUUGACUAUGUGAAAGUCCAGGUUCCACCUAUUCAUCCCAGCCUGCCACGCCCACGAUUCUCUCUAUAUCUCUCCUGUCAGCUGCAGUAUGGGGUGAUACUUGUCUACCACCGACAGUGUGGGUUCCUGCUGGAGGAGGUCCAGCAGGCCAUCAGACAUUUGCUGCGCUCAGAGAGACACUCAAAGAUCGACAUGCAGGAGCCGGACAGGCUGGGUCUGAACCUCCCAGACUCGCUGUUCCUGUUAGAGGAGGCAGAGGGAGCUCUGGCACCAUUCUUUGGGAAAAUGGGGGACGAGUGUGAGAUGCCCAGUCCCUACCAGCUGCCACAGGCUGGUCUGUUUAUAAUGGCUUCAUCUCCAGAAUGCCCUCUAAAGCUGACUAAGGAAGACACACCUGGUUUAGGCCACAUAGCCUCUCCUGAAACAAUUACCAUCAGAGAUAAGGAACCGGUGCCUAUCCUCACUGCUGAGUUUGGAGGGGCAGAGCUACCUGAGGCCACAGCCUACGAGAUCGACCUGCUUAUGGAGCAGCAAGAUCGGUUUUUCCUUGGAGAAGUGGAGGAUAAGGAAAGAGAGAGGGCAGGAGAUGGAGAGACAACAAGAGAGUUGGGGGCUGCCAUGGUCUCCAUAGAGCAAUUAAAGGCUGAUGUAUCUGCUGAGGGCAGAUCAUGGACCGUGGAGAACCCUGAGCGUCCACUAGAGGCCACCAAGAGCAAGGCCAGAGUGGAGACGACCCCUCCACCUGUAACCCUGCCGGACACCACAGAGGCCAGUGAGAGAGAUCUAGAGCCGGAGAAAGACACAGAGCACUGCAGCAGUGAGAUCCCCGUGGCAGAGGUGAGGAUUCCUCCAGGAAAACAGGGCCGCAGACGCCAACUGAUCUUUAUCGAUCAGCACACACAGAUUUCCCAGGAUGCAAUGCGAGAACAAAUCAAUAAUCACUUGAUUGAGACUCGGUCACUGUCGGACGUACUGCUACCCAAACGCCUAAACGACAAGUUCUCAUCCUCACAUCUCCUCAGUUCUCCCUGUAACAUGCUCCUCAGUGCUGACCUCCAGUCACUGUGGAAAAUGUCCUGCAUCCCCAUCAUCCGUCCCAGUCCCACCAAGAGACGCCGCCUGCAGGAGGACAGCGAGCUCUCCGAGUUGGAGAGAGAGAGGGGCGAGAAUAGAGAGAGAGAGUCAAGUAUAGAGGUGCUGAGAGAAUCUGCAGAUGCUGCACUUCUCCUCUCUGAAAUCUCAGCUGCAUCUGAUGUAGUGCUGGAUGGCUCAAAAGGAGAUAAGUACCAGCGUGAUGUCAUCACCCCCUCUAGCAGAAGGUCUCCACAAGAAGAUGCUGCUGUACAUAUGGAGGCUAUAUUGGAGGAGCAUGUGGAGCUUCCGCAGGGAUUUACAGAAACAGAGAUCACACCACAAUCUCUCCUCAGGAUGUUGAAUUCCCACAUUAAUUGCUUCGGGAAAGUCUUUUUCUCCUCACUCGUCCCUCCAGAAGUUGACCGAUGCUCUGCAGCUCACGUCUUCUACAAAGUACUAGAGUUGACGUGCGAAAGGAAGCUGAGUGUGAAGCAGAGUGAACCGUAUGGACCCAUCACCAUCUCUCGUGCACGACUCUAAACCACGCACUUAAAAGCAUCCACAGUACUUGUUUUUAAUGUUUUGCUUUUUAAUGUUUUAAUGCACGUUUUUAAGGACUAUGAUUGUGAAAUACGUAACUGUAGCAUAAACAUUGAUGUAAACAUAUGAAUUGGCUGUUAUUAGGUAAAACUUAACUAAACUAACUUUUUAAAGGUUUUUAAGAUUUUUUUAUACUUUUAUGCGUGUUUAUUAUGUUUUUAAAGUUGUUUUUAUUUAUUGUUAUUUAUUUGUAAGCUUCUGUUCAUAACUUACUUAUUUUGUAGCUUACACAUACUCAGGUUUAUAUUUAUCUUAUUAAAGAGCUGUUGCUUUAAAAAAAUAUA